AUGACGCAUAAGAUCAGCUUGUUGCCUGGUGGCUGCACCGGGGGAUGUGAAGCUGAGAUGUCUGCAUUGAAAGGACGCGUGGCCCGACUGGAAAGAGAGAUGUCCUCUAUUAAAGAAAAAUGUCCAUGUUCUGCAAAUUGUCCAAAUGACUGUAGUGGCAAUGGGGAAUGUGAGAAGGGAAAAUGUAUCUGCCAACAGGGAUUCAUGGGUCCAGACUGCAGUAAGUGUGCGCAAGGAGCUGAGUGUAAUAAAAAAGCCGCCAAGGGAAAAGUCAAGGUAGCCGUGGAAACAGUUACCCUGCAGGUGAACAAAGACAAGGAAAAUAUGCAGGAGAAAACCACCAGAGUAGAGCACACACUCUUCCAGAAGAAAGAGCAGAAGAAGGGGUCUGAAGCCAAAGAGACUGACACUAAACCCAAAGUGGCUACUAAUGCUAAAGCAGGUCUUGUUAAAACACAAGCAAAACAAGAAGCCUCAGUAAAAAAAAGCACUAUUAAAGACUCUUCAAGUACCACAAAGACCAGUCGCCCAACUGUUGGUCAAGUUCUCUUGAAACAUGAGGGAAGAAAGCAGGAAGAGGCCCGCAAAGGCAAAACAACAGUCCUGAUCUCAAAGCUUAAGGAAGGAACUGUCAGUAGAACACAUCCUAAAUCUGACCAACUCAAAGAUGAACCUCAAACCAAUGUAACCCACAGUAAUGUGAAGAAAUCUAAUGGCACGGCUAAAAUUGUGACCAUUCUGACCAAGGUUGCGGGAAUAAACAAAACCAGAACAGGGAAGGAGACAUUGGAGCAGUCCACACUUACUGACAAGAAUGUUACUCAAUCAUCUAGACAUAAACGCAUCAAGAAGGUCAAAGUAGACACUACAGAUGUGCAAUCUGUUGACAACAAAAACACUGAAGCUGGCAAAAUUGGAAAAGAGAAGGUUACACAGAAGAGUCAGUAUCUAGUUAAUUCAACCGUUGCAGCAACGUCGGACGAGACUCGAGCUCUGCUGAAUAAAACAACUAUCCAUAGCUCUGGGAGCCCAAAGAGGACGGGAGGAUCUGGAUUAGGUUCUGUAAAGGUUGUGAAUGUCUCCUCCUACAGCUUCACUGUCACAUGGUCAGCGCCGCAAGGGAUGUUUAAGAACUUCACAGUGAUCAGAAGAGAACCCCGGAAGGAGGGUGACGAAGACGACCACGAGGAGUUUGAAGAGGAAGCUCUUGAAGGAGACAAGGCCACCGCAGCUAAGAAUGCAACUGAAGUCCAGGUACAGAGCAAGAGCACAAACACAACUGCCGCCUCCGGUAAAGCUGUUGGAUCUCGGGGCAAAUCAGAAACAAAGAGGAUCUCUAUGGUGGUCCCUGGCAGCGUACGCUCUGUGGAGUUCAGUAACCUUCGGGCAAACACAGGCUAUGUCCUGCAUGUGUAUGGCACUGCAGCUGAGAGGAGAUCAAAGAUUCAUAGAGCAACUGCAGUUACAGGUCCUGAGCCAGCCACAGAGAUGGUUUUCAGCAAUGUAACAGAGUCUUCUUUCACUGUUUCUUGGUCCAAACCAAAGACCGCAUUCUCAGGCUUCAGGGUCAAGUACACCAACAUCGUCACAGGGGAGAGCCGUUUUGUGACCGUGGAGUCUCAGCAAUCUCAUGUGGUUCUGUCCAAGCUCUCUGCUGGAUCCACCUACAUUAUCACUCUAACUUCUACACAAGGCAGAGCCCAGAGUGACACUCUCACAUCUCUUAUCACCACAGUGCCCGCCCCUCCAACACAUCUGCAAGUUGUCAAUGUGACAGAUACCAGAGCUGUGCUGCAAUGGACACCCAGUCUGGGGAAAGUAGACCGCUUCAUCAUCAGCUAUGAGUCCUCCAAGACUCCUAAUGUGACAGUGACAGUGAUGCUGUCUGGAAACUCAGUAGAGCACCAGCUGAGAGGCCUGCAGAGAGGCACCCUGUACACAGUCAAAGUCCUGAGCCAGAAGGACAGUCUGCAGAGCAUGGCCAUCUCAACUACAUUUUCUACUGCUAAUGUGGUUAAAGCCAGCGAGGUGGGUACUCGCUCUGCAGUGAUAGCAUGGAAAACUACCAUUGUUUAUAACAGCUACAGACUGAUCUACCACGUGGCAGGAGAAGAGACAAAGGAGGUGAUCCUGGACCAAUCCAUCACAGAGUAUAAGCUGACAGGGCUGUUGCCAAUGUCACGUUAUAUUGUUCUGGUUCAAGGCGAGAGAGACGGGCAAUACACGUCUGUUGUCACCACAGAAUUCAUCACAGGCCAACUGCGUUUCCCCUUCCCUACCGAGUGCUCUCAGGAGCUGCUGAACGGAGCUCUGCAGUCAGGAGAGGUGGAUAUCUACCCACAGGGAAAAGAGGGGGGAGCAGCCAGAGUCUACUGUGACAUGGAGACGGAUGGAGGUGGCUGGACGGUGUUCCAGAGGAGGAUGAACGGAAAGACAGAUUUCUACAGAACCUGGAGUGAAUACAGCGCCGGCUUUGGAAACCUCAGCGAAGAUUUCUGGCUCGGAAAUGAGCUUCUUCACAACCUGACUAGUGCCGGCCCUGUGAGUCUGAGAGUGGAUAUGCGAUCUGGAAACGACACCGCUUACGCUCACUACACCAACUUCUCCAUUGAUUCAGUGGACAAGCACUAUACUCUCACAGUGUCUGGCUUCACUGGAACUGCAGGCGACUCGAUGAGGUACCAUAAUGGACGCCCAUUCUCAACCCGGGACAAGGACUCUGAUCCUUUGGGGAUCCACUGUGCCAAGGCUUACAUGGGAGGCUGGUGGUACAAGAACUGCUACAAGACCAACCUCAACGGUCUUUAUGGCAUCAACAGUAAUAAUCAGGGAAUAGUCUGGAUAGACUGGAAAGGUAAAGACUCCUCCAUUCCCUUUGCUGAGAUGAAGUUCAGACCGUCCAGGUUCUCUCCUGCAACUCACGGCUAA